GGCUAAACUCUAAAAGACGAGGAGACCUCUCGGAAACCUCGGACACAGCAAGCGCUUGGAUAUCCACGGUCUCAUGUCGGCAACCCUUACGCCGCGCAAUGCUGCAGACUGCGACAGUCCAGGCUCCUCGAUAUUUGACUUGCCUACCACGGUAGACCAUCACUCGCACCUGCAAAGCAACACUCACAUUGCAAGUGAGGGACCAGGCGACGUAUCCUCAAGUCUAAAUGUUUCCCGGACCUGCGACGACCUCACCGGAAACGUGCCCUCAUGUCUCGUGAUUUCAGGUGGGACAGGGUGCAACGCGAUAUGUUCUGCCUUCGGCACGUCCAGGGCGAGCUAUGUCUUGCCAGUCUCGGAUGAUGGCGGAUCGUCAAGUGAGAUUAUACGCGUAAUAGGCGGGCCGUCUAUAGGUGACAUUCGUUCGCGACUCAUUCGUCUUAUUCCGUCCUCCUCACCCGCGUCUCCACUGGCCUGUAUACGGAACCUGCUGGCGUACCGGCUUCCUGCAAAUUGCUCAGAUAAGGAGGCGAGAGAUGAGUGGAGGGACAUCGUGGAAGGGAGGAGUAGACUCUGGGAUGGGAUCCCAGUUGACCGAAAGGAGAUGAUACGAGGUUUCCUUGUACAUUUCGAGAGCGAAGUCUUGAAGCGCGCGCACAAGAACUUUUCCUUCAUCAAUGGCAGCAUAGGCAAUUACUUCCUCUCAGCUGCCCAAGAGUUCUUCCGCUCUCUACCUUCCGCUAUAUUCCUGUUCUCGAGCAUUACCAAUAGCCAGGCAACGAUCCUACCGGCCAUCGUGACGAACCAUACUGUCACAAUUGCAGCUGAGCUCGAAGACGGCUCGCGCCUUGUUGGGCAGUGCGAGAUAUCUCAUCCUGUCCGGCGAGAACCCGUCAUCUCCGUCUCAAGCGAAGCCGACCAACAUGGAACGCUGGAAUACUAUGAUGACCCAGACGAAGAUACGCUUUCUCCUGUCGACGACAUACAUAACGUGGGCAAGAGACGGAAUGUCUUCUUUGAAGCCUCGUCUAAAGAGAAAGAUGGAGCGUAUGAGAAGCUCAGAGCCGGGAUAAGUCGGCUAUUUUACAUCAACACGUACGGGACUGAGAUACAUCCGUCACCCAACCCGGAGUUCAUACAACAUCUUGGUCAAAAGGAGGUCCUAGUUUACUCCUGUGGAUCCUUAUGGACUAGCAUCGUGCCUUGCCUUGCUUUGCGAGGCGUCGCCGAUACCAUUGCUCGGUCUAAAUCUUUAAGGGCCAAGAUCUUACUGUUGAAUAGCCAAAACGAUAGAGAAACCGACGGCUAUUCUGCAGUGGACUACGUAAACACCAUCGUGAGAACACUGAAUGCCACGCAUACUAGACCAUAUCCGGGCCUUAGCAACCGUUCAAGAUCAGGCGUCAGCGAAGUAGUCACGACCUACCCCGCCUCUGCAUUUGUUACGCAUCUAGUAUAUCUGAAGGGGUGCCAAGUUUCCGUGGAUGUACAGCGACUGGCUGGGCUCGGGGUCAGAUGCGUCGAGGUUGAGGGCGAAGCCGAUCAGGAUGUUUCUGCUGGUGCCCCGCCCAAAUUCGAUGCGCACAGCGUUCGAGAGGCAAUCACGAGUAUUCUGUCCCAGGAGAGCAACGAGGGUUUCUAACAGCCUCUGGUCAUCAAUGUGAUAUACGGAAUCGAAAGUAUCUCGUUGGGAUUUCAUGUAUGGGGCUACCUCAGGCUAUUGUGCGGAAACGUGCUAACACUUCGCCGUAUCGAGGUGAAGUAGAUAAUAAUCAACCUACCUAGGGCAUAACUACUCAUGCUAUAGGCCGUGAACCGUCUGUCUCGUCUUUCCCACAGUUGGGUGAAAGGUUCAUCGAAUGUAUGGCGUGGACGCCCAAUGCUACGAAAGCUGCUGAACCAUACAACUGUUGACAAUCUGAGCUGCGGUAAACGACACAGGCGUAUAAUAAUACAGGUGUUGACAACUCUGGCGUGUUCUUUAGAUGAACUUCAACGUGCCGGCCCUGCCCGUCUUUGGCAGAAGCUUGCGCACCUGUUCCUGCUCCUCAGUGUGGAGUAAUCGUCCGCGGAAGAACGCAUUGCUCGAGUCCGUCCAUCGACUCUUUAUACGGCACCAAAAUCUGAAGGAAGAUACCGCCGUGGUGCUAUACGUGCUAAGCACGUCAUCCCACGCAGAGACAGUCGGGAUAUCGCCUGAUCUAUCAAAAGCGAGAUCAACGCGCAGCCCGAGGUCUGGUUGGUGGCGUAGGAUGUCCGAGAGGAUGCUUUGGAUCCAUGUACUACUGGAAUUGGAGGCUUCGUUCAGGUCAAGUCUCAGACGCUGCAGCUUCUUGCACGCCGAUAGACCAAGUGAGCUCAGUGGACAGCUAGAAUCGGCUAUUUGGGACACAUGCGGAGGCCAAGUAGAGAUGAUGAGUGGUAAUAAAAUGGGAUUGUGAAGGGGUUUGCUUUACCUGCGCUGUGAUAAAACGAUGAUAGGUCUAUGGCAAGCUCCUUCAGAUGGGCCCCGCACUCUCGAAGGAUCUCUUUCGCGGUAGGGAGCCACCAGCAUUCCAGAAAGUUUAACUCGACUUCGGUGAUAAUGGGAAAUUGUGCCGCUGAGGUGAAGCGGACAACAUCUAAAACGGCCGCAUGUCCGACUUUCCCGCCGAUAGCAAGUUUCGUCAACUUCUCGGUUCCGGACAACGCCUGCGGUGUAUCCUUGCUCAAAUUCUUGACGGAGGCGCUUGAAAUAUCGCAGCGUCCUUCGACGUAUAGCUCCGCGAGAUUAGGGAAGAGUGUAAGAAGGGUCGCGAGUUCAGGGGCGCUAACCGAGCCUUCCUCCAACACCAGGACCUCCGGGGCAGUCACGCGGAGCUCAAGGAUCGAGAAGGACUGCGGGAAGACUACUCUCGAGAUAUCUCUCAACCAGAGCUCGCUCAGCGACGGCAUCUGGCUCACCCCCCUAGCAAUCGCGGGCAGGUCAAUCCCAAGAUCGUGCGGAUGUUUGAAUUCCAAUGUGACCCGGUAGAUGGCGCUGGUGAUAUGCGGCGACGCAAUCUGAAGGAAGCAGAAGAAGUCGCGAAUACUGUGCUUGUAUCCUAUGUGAACCAAACGGAAGAGAUGCUUUCUGGCGCGACGCAGCCACUGUGGAAGGACGAGGGUGCAGUUUGCCAGCGACUGCUUAUCUUCGCGCAGGCAGUGGACGAUCGCGUCGAGCAGCUCCUGAGGCAAUCUCUGGAUAAAGCAGGGUUUGAGAUCGCCCUGGAUAUCAUCGACGUCUGCAGAUGGGUGCGCUGGGUGCAAGUUCUCGUCGAUGGGCUCCUGAGACUUUGAGCA